UUAGGCCGAGGAUUGCUGCUUCUGAAAUACAACACUUAAAGAGUAACGGUUGCAGUAAGAUUUACAAUCAAUGACAGUAGCGAUAAAUUACAGUGACAAAAUCUGUAAUUGUAAAAAUGAUGAACAUUAACAGUGGUUGUAUUAUACUAGUUAUACAUUACUACUGGUUGCAUUGUAUCAGCGGCAGCACAGUGAUGGUUACAAAUAAGCAACGUACAGUAACAGUUUCAUUUUCACCCACAGUGAUUUCUUGACCAACUCCUGCUGCAGAUUUAUUUCAGAGGGAGUGUUCUCCCCAUUGAUUUACUGAGUGGCUGGCAAGUUGGGCAGACCAUGGCUGAGACGCCUCUGAUGCUGAGUGUGGGGCUGGUCGGUAAGGGUCCGCAGACACGGAGCCUGCGUUGGACAAUAUGUUACCCUGACUCUUGCUGUGUACUAACGCUGUGCUGAAUGGGAGACGCUUGUCCGAUAUUUUAGGUCUAUACAAAGAAAAAGACACAAAUGGCGAUGCACUGUGGGUGUGGUGCUAUCCAACUGUCACAGCAGAGCUCCGAGUACUACUUUUAAGGAAAUGCUGUCUUUCUGAUGAAAAUGAUGUCCUUCACACCUUUGUCUUUGGCCAGUUCAGAAGAACCUGGUAUUAUAUCACAACCACACAAGUCCAGGAUCCCACUACAUUGUCAAAGGUGACCCAUUUUUCUUUAGUUCUAACUGCCAGAGACUUUAACCCAGAGAAAUAUGCAUCAUUUGGAAGAGUGUUAUGUAGGAUGUACAUGAAAUAUGGUAGUCCAGCCAGGAUGAUGGAAGGCUAUAUUUCUGUUCUUACCAAUGGCAUCUGUCAAAGUGAAGAGAAUGGGUCAUUUCUCCUGAAGGAUUAUGAUGCAAGAAAGGCAUAUCUUGCUGGAUCCAUUAAAGAUGUAGUAAAUCAGUUUGGAAUGGAAACCAUUAUUCUGUACACAGCACUAAUGGUAAAGAAGAGGAUUGUGGUCUACCACCCUCGCAUAGAAGCAUUGCAGGAGUUUACCAGGACUUUGCCUACACUAAUUUGGCAUAGGCAGGAUUGGUCAAUACUUCACCCUUAUGUGCAUUUAAAUCAAGAUGAACUCGAGGCUUUGAAGACUUGCACUGGUUAUGUAGCUGGGUUCACAGAUUUAAAGGUGACUGACCGCCUAGACGUCUAUGAUGUGUUUGUGAACCUGGUGGAAAGCGAGAUUGUUGUUGCACCACAUGCUAAAGAAACAAUGACAAUGGGUAAACUGCACAAGGACAUUGGACAACUCAUUUGCCAGUCAGCCAGUGACCCAGAAAAAUCGGAUGGUCAAGUGAUUAAGGACAUUUCACAGAAAACAAAAGAAAUUUUGGCCACUUUAGCCUCACUGGCACCAGAUGAUGGGGGCAAACCCAAAAUCACUCUCGAGAUUCUGAAGGAGCGCCGUUUCCCACCAGCAACCGAGAGUUUCUUGUAUCAUCUAGCAGCUGCAGAGCAAAUGCUUCAGAUCUGACUGUUACUGUUUACAUUGUGCUACCUUUAAUAUAGUGGAUCAAGCGCUUUCUGAAACCACAAUCUCCGCCACCUAGAAGAACAAGGGCAGCAAAUGCAUGAGAACACCAUUACCUCCAAGUAAUCUUCCAAGUCAGGUAACAGCCUCACUUGGACAUGUGUCGCUGACCUUCAUCAUCACUCUGUCGAAUUCCUGGAACUUCUUAACCGCCCUUUGGUGGUACUUUUAACACCAGGAUUGUAGUGUUUCAUGAAGGUGGCUCACUACCAUCUUGCCUCAAGGGUAAUCAGGAUAAUAAAUGCUGGUUUCAAAGAAACGUUAACUCUGUUUCUCUCUCCACAGAUGCUGCCCGACCUGCUGAGGUUUUCCAGCAUUUUCUGUUUUUAUCUCAGAUUUUUAGCAUCCACAGUAUUUUGCUUUUAUAAUAAGUGUUAGCCUUGCUAGUGAUGCUUAUAUCUUGGGAAAGAAUUAAAAAAUAAAACUUACAAAUUUUUAUGCUUAUAUUGAACAUUUUGACUAUUGUAAUACAGGCAGUUUUCAUUCUAAUGGUUUCAUGGCCUUUAUACAAAUUUCAUUGGCUUGAUCUGUAUUUUUCUUCUUUCUAAUUGGUCACUUUUUCUCAUUACUUACCGACCAUAUUGCAUAAAACCUUUCUCUCUAUGCACUGAAUUCCCAUGGCAAACUUUCUACCCAAUCUCAUGACAGGAAAAUAAAUUCUGUGAUGAACUCGAGCGACACACCUCUCCCAGUCUCAGACUGAUAAUGAUGUUUUAAGUGUAAUGAAUUCUGGGGUGAAUGAAUUAUUAUAUUCUCCUUGGAAUAAAACAGUGGAG